AACAGUACUUCUAUUUGAGCACAGUGACAUUGUUGUCAUUUCUCUGCUUGGUGUUUUGUUUACCAGCUCCGAUGGAGGCCCAGCAAAGACAAGAGGAGCAGCUUUCUUCAUUAUCGCUGUCGUCUGUUUAUUAUUGUUUGACAAUGAUGAUCUGAUGGCUAAAAUGGCUGAACACCCUGAGGGCCAUCAUGAUAGUGCAUUAACACAUGCACUGUACACAGUCAUCUCUCUUCUUGGAGUAGCAGACCACAAGGGUGGAGUUUUAUUACUGGUGAUGUCGUUGUGUUUCAAAGUUGGUUUUCAUACAGCUUCUAGAAAGCUGUCUGUGGAUGUCGGUGGAGCCAAACGCCUGCACACCUUAUCUACCCUAACUUCAGCAGUGUUAUUGUUUCCAUGGGUAGUCAUAUUGACUGUAACAACAGAGAGUAAAAUAGAAUCCUGGUCUUCUCUUAUUAUGCCAUUUGGGACUAUCAUCUUCUGUGUGCUAAUGUUGGACUUCUAUGUAGAAUCUAUAUGUUCUGCCAAAAUGGAAGCUCCGAAGUGUGCACAAUAUGGUUCAAUCCUGGUGUUUUUUGGAGCUUUACUUCUUGCUAAUUUCUGGACACAUCCAAUAACUGAUCAGCUACGUGUAAUCAACAAACAAACCCUGCAGCACAGCACUGAACAUGUAUUGUCAGGUGGAGUCGUGGUUAGUGCCAUUUUCUUCAUUCUAGCUGCCAGCAUCUUAUCCUCACCUUCUAAGAAAGGGCAAAAGGGUACUCUGGUUGGUUACUCACCUGAAGGUACCCCACUGUAUAACUUUAUGGGUGAUGCCUUACAACAUACUUCCCAAUCAAUGCCCAGGUUUAUUAAAGAAUCUUUGAAACAAAUCCUUGAAGAGUAUGAUUCCAGACAGAUCUUCUACUUUCUCUGCCUUAAUCUAGUGAGUAUUUCAUGUUUGUGAUUUUAUUUUUCACACUUGAAAUAAAAGAACAUUAUAAAUUUUAUGAACAAAGGGAUGGCAUUAUGGAGUUUGAAGAAACGAAUGCAAUCCCGCAUGCAUUACCCAGCAUAAGGGAAGAUGGCUGUGGCUGUUAGAAGCUAAAUUAAAUCACCUCAGCCCAGGAUAGUACUGAAGGAGUUCUUCACGGUCCUAGGCAAACUGUCUUCAUUUUUUUUCUUCAAUGGCUGUCUUCCAUCAUGAGGUCAGAAGUGGGAUGUUCACUGACGAUUACAGCGAUUUGGCACUAUCUGUAUCUCCUUAGGUACUGAACCAGUUCAUUUCCAUUUGCAGCAAGACAAGGGCAACAUUCAUGCUUGAGCUGAUAAGUUGCAGGUAACACACAAGUUGAUGACCACCAACAAGCAAGAAUCUAAAUAAAAACUGAAAGAACUGCGGAUGCUGUAAAUCAG